UCCUCGUCUCUCGCCAGCCAGCCAGCCAGCCAGCAAGCCAGCCCCAUUCAUGCGCCACCCUCCCCGCGCGUUGUAUCUACCUGUAUUUCCACCUUUACGUGUGUGAGUGUGUGUGUUGGUACGUUGAGAUCCGUGCCUAGCUAUCCUGCCGUCCCUCCAGAACCGCACCUCUCACCAGUGUAAGAAGUGACCCUCAGCAGGACACAACAACCCUCCUCUACGCUGCACCACUCCUCAAAGGGUCCCUCUGUGUAACUCCAGUAUAUUGCGUCUUACAGCAGCAUCAACACUAUAGCUACAGCAGAGACUAUAGCUAUAGUAGGGGGAACAAAAACAGCAGCACCAGUAAAUCGCAACAUCAAUAUGAACACCUGGUUUGCUUUGUUUCUGCUGGUGACCACGGGAUUGACCUUCACCUCGGCCUUCCCGGAGAAACUUGAAGCCCUCGAGGACAAAUUUGAGGAUGAUGAAUAUGAGGAGGAGCCAAAGAGACCCUACAGUUUCUCUUGGGCUGCCGCUCGCCACUACAACGGCGACCCGGACCGCGAGCACCAGGAACAACGAGGCGAGGAUGGCAUUACCCGCGGCGUGUACAGGUAUGUAGACCCUCGACUUAGAGUACAAGAGAUCGUGUACUAUGCUGACGACCAAGGCUUCCAUGUAGACGCCUCCAAUCUGCCCAAGGACACAGCAGCCGUCCAGAAUGCCAAGACGAAUCACGAGGAGCUCUUUGAAAAGAUCCGACAGGAACACGCUCGCAUCGCAGCCGAGAGAGCGCUGCUGGAGUCCCAGGAGAACCAGUAUGUAGAUCCUCGAGACAGAGUACAAGAGAUCGUAUACUAUGCUGACGACGAAGGCUUCCACGUGCAGCGGGCCUCCAAUCUGCCCAAGGAAACGGUGGCUGUCCAGAAGGCCAGAAAAUAUCACGAGGAGCUCUUUGAAAAGAUUCGACAGGAACACGCUCGCAUUGCAGCCGAGAGGGCGCUGCUGGAGUCCCAGGAAAACCAGUAUGAAAUUUAACUCACGGACAACUACCCUUCCUCGAGCUUCAUCACUGCGGCUUUGAUAGGGAGAUUGAAUAUUAAGGGAGAGAAUUUUGGAUCUUGCCAUGAAAGAAAUAUGAGCAAGGAAAUUGAUAAAAAUGUGUAAUCAUUAUGCUUAGGAAUGGUCACUUGACUUUACACUUUACACGAAGUAAUUAGUCGGUUUUCAAUGCGCUACAAAAAUACUACCAUCAUUCCAGAUGAAGAUCGUGACUUGUCCGGUGUUGAUGAGCUGGGGAGGGUGAAUGUUCGCAUAUAUUAAUAUUGUCUAUGUGCCUUAUUUGUAUUGUUACAACUAAAUCAUUUAUGUGUUAUUAUUAAACUAUUUUCUUUCGUUUAUUUUCCUCUUUUUUUGCUAAGUGGUUAGUGAUAGGAUAUGGAACAUAAUAUGUAAGCUCUGCAUCUCCGUCAUUACUCGUAGUAUCUUCCGUCAGAUUUUGUAAGACGUCCGCAGACCAUAAGACUUACGACUGAGCGAAAUUGCAGAAUACGAUGGAAGCGAGUAAGAAAGAACACUUCUGAGCACGACUGAACAAUGCACGAGACAACAACGUCCAGCGUAUUAUAAUAUGUUUCUAAUAUGCUUUAUGCCGCAAUGUUAGGCAGACUUUCCUUUUUUUCAAUUACAAAGAUACUUCCAGAAUGAUGUGGCGUAAGAAAGAGUCUAACAAUGAGGUGCUUUUUCGGUUGUUAUCAGAACUAUCCCUCUGGUCUCGUUUCCAACUAGCAUCUAGGCAUCUGGUGACAUUUGGAACCUUCAUGUAUUCCUCCGUUUGUACUUCAGCGUUUUUGUAAGUCGUGAACCAAGCCAGAUCUUGUGUUUUGUGCAUAUGUUUUAAUCUUAAUUCAUCUGAUGUCAUGAAACUGUCAGAAUUAUUUUUUUCUUUUUUCUUUAUAUUUAGUAGAUCAGUAGACUAAAGAUUAAAAUAAAUAGUAUGCUAAACUUAAUGGGAGUACAAAAGGUUACUCUGCUUGUGACCAAGGCUGUGCCAAGACACCUGUGAAGCAUUAAUAUACUCAAUUCAUUUCACCUGUAUUAGCUCAUGACAUUAUAUGAAUAUGCUAUUGGUGGGAGUGCAACACUCACACAGACACACACACACACACACACACACACACACACACACACACACCAGCAUCCAGUCAUCACUUCUCGUUUCUCUUGCAGCGUCAUCUAGUCGAAAUUCUGUGCAUCAUUUGAGUUUAUAAUUCAACUUUCAUUAAUUAAUUCACCCGUGGGAGAAGAGAAUAAUUCAUUACUCAAAUAUUCGCCUUAUACAGUGCAUCAUCUAGAAGCUGAAUUUUAAAUAUUUUCUGUCUACAUCAUGAUUAUGUGCUAUAACUUAUAUAUACAUACAUACAUAUAUAUAUAUAUAUAUAUAUAUAUAUAUAUAUAUAUAUAUAUAUAUAUAUAUAUAUAUAUAUAUAUAUAUAUAUAUAUAUAUAUAUAUAUAUAUAUAUAUAUAUAUAUAUAUAUAUAUAUAUAUAUAUAUAUAUAUGCAUUAAGUAGGUAAUAGUUAUAUCAUGCAUUGUCAAGCGUUUCAGUGCUUUAUCUAGACUUCUUUUUGACAGGGUCAAGUAGAAAUUAUUUAAAAUGUUUACUCUAUCUUUAUGAUAAUUGAACAAGGUUCUUUAUCAUCAGUGAUAAAAAGAACAUUAAUAAGAAUGUUAUUAUUCAUCUCUAUGACUUUUGAAGACAAUCCCAAUGAGAGGCCAAAAUAUUUCAAAAUUCGAAUCCUUUACAGGAACGUCUCCUCAAGGAGUGACAUUAUAGAUACAUAUUUAACUCGCAUUCUUAAACACUUCGACUUCUCAUUAGAACUAUUUUCAAAGGCUACAGAGGUGAUCAUUCUUUCUUUGUUUUUCAUGGACUUUCACCCUCACUGAUGAUGCAGAAGACUCAAGUUAUGACUAGAAUCACGUAAACACCUUAGAGACCCAAGUAACUUUCAAUAUUUAUUUGUUUUUCUAAGUGGUCGAGAUGAGACACCAGAAUGUUUGAGAACGCGAUCCUAUGUAAGUUCCAGGAGGAGGAGGAACAGGAGGAGGAGGAGGAGGAGGAGGUAGGAACAUGAGAGACACGUUUGUAGUAUUGUAAAAAUAAAGGCUGUUAUCGUA